AUGUGUUAUAGGAAAAAAGAAGGGAAAUCUCCUGAUAGACUCAUUUUUUUUGAUGUCACUCAUAAGAAGAAAGAUGGAACUUAUGUGGAUGACAGCAUUAAAAAUCUAAUGGAUAAAGCAUCUGCUCUUCAAGCUGAACGUAGUCAAAAUUCUAAUAAUAGCACAGCGGAAGUUAACGAGCAAAUAUUUAGAGAAGUAAUGGGUAAAGAGCACAAUGGUCGUGUGAGAGGUUUAGGGUUGGGGCCAACGCCUAGAAGUUAUUUUGGAGCAACUUCUUAUAAUGUGGCUGAAAAAUGGAAUGGUUCUACAAGUUCAAGUCAGUCAAAUGAAGUAGCAAUUCUCAAAGAAUCACUUCAAGAGAUGACAUCCAAGUAUGAGGAAGUGAAUAAAAAAUAUGAAGUUUUAUCAACUAAUCAUGAAGGUGUGUCUCAAACAUUACUUGCUUUGGCGAACUUUGUAUCUGAAAAGUUUCCCGGACAACUUUGGAUGCCAACACAAGCGAACAAAAAUCAGAUGCUAAUUCUGAACAUCGACAGUUUCUUGCUCUCUUUGUUUACGGAAAUGAUGUUGCUCGGGAUAAAUUGAGACCAAGAGAAGGCAAUGGACUGAAGGCGACAAGACAUGAAGAAUGUUUAUUUUUCAUGACAAAACUUUAUUCUGUUAAUUUCUACUUUGAACAUAUAUAUUACAGUUAAGAGUAUGAAUUUACAAUUAAGAGUA